AUGAGUUUGACGGUCGACACCAAGAACAUCACUGUUGGCAUCUUGGCCAUUAUCGCUAGCAGCCCUGAAUUAAAGAAGUCUGUCACUGUCCAAGCUGGCUCUGCUUUCUUGUACAAGGACAACAAUGUCGAAUUAAAGACCCUCCCCAACACUGUCCGUUACCUCAUUCGCGCUCACAACCUCUUGGAUGAAAGCAAUGCCAGCAAUCAACUCGCUGCUUAUUUGUUAGAUUUGGCUCUUGUCAACAACACUGAUGCAUUGAAGGCUCGUAUUGCCUCCAAGACUACCACUUUCUUGACCGGCGAUGCACCCACAUUUGCUGAUUUUGGUGCUUGGUACAGUUUGAGAUCUGAAGGUCAAACUGAUUACAUCAAGGCUGUUGAAGCUACUGAGCCUGCUCAAGAAGCUGUCAAGUGGGCUGCUGAAUUAGUUGCCAAUGCUCCCAAGGAGGCCCUCACCAUUCCCGAUGUACCUGGAAGUGGUUCCGACCCUUCUGUCAAUCCCAUGGACGCUUUCAAAAACUUGAUCACUGUUCAAAUUGCUGCUCUUGGUAACCUCGAUCCCGUUAUCGUUUAUCAAGCCAUCGAUAACCCUCGCUCUCUCGAGAAUGGUGAUUUGGCCAUUGCUUUGCCUCGUCUCCGUCUCAAGGGCAACCCUGCUGCUAUCGCCAAGGAGUGGGCCGCUUCUUUUGUCCCCAACGAAUACGUUACUGAGUCUUCCGCCGCUGGUCCUUUCUUGAACUUCCGUAUCAACAAGACCGCUUUGAUCAAGUUGACCUUGGGCCAAGUGUCUGACAAGGUUGAAAAGUACGGCCAUAACUCUCUCGGUAAUGAAAAGACUGUCAUUGUCGAAUUCUCUUCUCCCAACAUUGCCAAGCCUUUCCACGCUGGCCAUCUUCGUUCUACCAUCAUUGGUGCUUUUGUCCGCAACAUCUACGAUGCCAAUGGCUGGAAGACUAUUACUAUGAACUAUUUGGGUGAUUGGGGUAAGCAAUACGGUCUUUUGGCUGUCGGUUUCGCCAAGUACGGCUCUGAGGAGAAGCUUGUCGCUGAUCCCAUCAAGCAUCUGUACGAUGUCUAUGUCGCUAUCAACAAGGAUGCUGGUGAAGACGAGACUAUUCACGAUCAAGCUCGUUCUUAUUUCAAAAAGAUGGAGGAUGGCGACGAGGAGGCCCUCGCUUUAUGGCGUCGUUUCAGAGACUUGUCUAUUGUCAAGUACAAAGAUAUCUAUGGUCGUCUGAACAUCCAUUUCGAUGUCUAUUCUGGUGAGUCUCAAGUCGGUAAGGGUAUGGCUGAGGCUAUGAAGUUGCUUCAUGAGUGCAAGCUGUUGGAGGAGUCUGAGGGUGCCUUGAUCAUUGAUAUGGAAAAGUACAAGCUCGGUAAGACUGUGGUGCAAAAGAAGGAUGGUACCACUCUCUAUUUGACCCGUGAUAUUGGUGCUGCCAUGGAACGUUACGAAAAGUACAAGUUUGACAAGAUGAUUUACGUUGUCGCCUCUCAACAAGAUCUCCAUUUGAAGCAACUCUUCAAGACUUUGGAGAUGCUCAAGUUUGAAUGGGCCAACAAGUUGGAGCACGUCAACUUUGGUAUGGUGAUGGGUAUGUCUACUCGUAAGGGUACAGUCGUCUUUUUGGAGGAUAUUUUGGAGGAGGCCAAGGAAACCAUGCACGAUGUGAUGCGCAAGAACGAGAAGAAGUAUGCUGAAAUUGCUGACCCUGAGCAAGUGGCUGAUGAGAUUGGUAUCUCUGCUGUCAAGAUCCAAGACAACUCUGCUCGUCGUAUCAAGAACUACGAUUUCGACAUGGCCCGUAUGUGCACAUUUGAGGGUGAUACUGGACCUUACAUUCAAUAUGCUCAUGCCCGUCUUGCCUCUGUUGAGCGUAAGAGCGGCCUUGAGAUCAAUCACAAUGCUGAUUUGAGCUUGUUAACUGAGCCUCAAGCUGUCGAUGUUAUCCGUACUGUUGCUCAAUACCCCGACCUCAUCAAGAGUUUGCUUAACGGUUAUGAACCCUGUAAUGUUGUCACCUAUGCAUUCAAGCUGUCUCAUGACAUUUCUGCUUGUUUCGAAAACCUUUGGGUCAGAGGCGCUGAUCCCGCUGUCGCUGAUGCUCGUUUGCUCAUGUACUGGUCUGCUCGUAUUACUCUCGGUAACGCCAUGCGUAUGUUGGGUUUGAGACCUUUGGAGCGUAUGUAA